GUGCAAUGUAAGACAUUUAUUUUUAUGUAAUUAAAUCAAAUAUAUAUAAUUUAUAUGAUAAUACUUGCAUUCUACUUACAAAUAAUAAUACUAUAGUAGACAAAUAAAAAGAAAUAUACAUAUAUAUAUAUAUAAAUAUAUAUACACAUGUAUAUUUAAUAUUUAUUUGAAUUUGAAUUGCAUUGCUAAGUUACGAGUGAACAAUCGUAGAAAUUUAGUUGUACUGAGUGAAAUCUCUCGUUUCAAUAAUUGAAAAUGGCAACAAAUGAUUGUUGUAACCCAUCUAAAAGUAAUCGAGAAUAAUGAAGAAUCCUACAACGAAGAAACUUCAACGAUUAGAAAAGAAAAAGAAGAAAAUGGCUGCUCUUUUGGAGAUUAUUAAAUUGAAUGACAAGGAUAGAGAGUCUAAAAUUAAACAAAAAACUAAGGUAGAACAAACCGAUACAAUGAAUCACUCAAAUGAAAGUUCUGAAAUAUUAAAUAAUGAAAAGAUAAAGCGUAAACGAUUUUGUUCUACGACAGUAGAUGAAACCCAUAAUAGCAUAAGUGAUGAAAUAAAAGACGAAGGGAAUACUGUAAUAAGAGAAGACGAAGAAUGUGAUCGAAAGAAGCCUAGAUUAUCUGGAGAAGAAUAUCUGAAGUUAAAAGAAGAAUUAAAGGAACGCAAAAAGCUACUUAAAGGAAGACCUCGACUACAAUUAAAGGUAGUUGGUGGAAAUGCAUGCCUUGUUUCUAAUUCCUCAAAUACAGAAAGAACUCCACUAUUAUUCAGUGAUAUACAACAUUUGUUGUUAUAUUCAAUUCUUGGCCACCACUCGCCAUGCACGCCUAUACGAUGGUGUCAACUUGAAAAAUACAACAAGGUCACUCACACCAUAGUUUUUGUAGUAGAAGGUCUUACAGCAUAUCAUUUUAUAGCUUAUGAAAAUAGAUUUUCAAACAUAACAAAUAAUUUGGAAUUUCGUUUGGAAGUGUUUACACCAGCAUCUUAUGGUAGUACUAUAAUAGAAGAACUUGUAGCAGUACCAUUAACAAGAACACAAAGUGACAAACUAGUUAAACAGUUUGGUUCUCUAGAUACUGCGUUUCAAAAUGCGACAGAUAUGAUACGGUUAAUGAAAGCUGUCUUCCCUGUUAAUAUGCCUGCAACAAAUUCUAUAAAAGAUAAUAGCGAUCUACCUUCUACUGAUAAAUUCUCUAGGGUUAAAUUAUUACUAUCCUUACGACAAAUGGUGGAAGAAAAUUAUCCCGUACCAAUGAAAGGAGAUUUAGCGAGAAAAUACAGUGAUUAUAUAUUCACAAAAGAUAGUUACUUGGAAGUUACUGCUAAAUCACCUAUGUUGGCUUUGGAUUGCGAAAUGUGUAAGACCAAUACUGGAAAUUUGGAACUCACUAGAAUAUCACUUGUCGAUGAAAGUUUUAAUGUUGUUUAUGAUACUCUUGUUAAGCCUAAAAAUCAGAUCAUCGAUUACUUGACUCAAUACAGUGGUAUUACAAAAGAAUUGUUAAGUGAUGUUACCACAACUUUGACAGACGUACAAGAAGAAUUAAAAAAGAUCAUUCCUCCUGAUUGCAUUCUUGUAGGACAAAGUUUAAAUUCUGACCUGCAUACGCUAAAAAUGAUGCAUCCGUAUAUCAUUGAUACAUCUGUUAUCUUUAAUAUAACUGGCGAACGACACCGAAAGUCUAAAUUACAACUUUUAGCGAGAAAUUUUUUAAAUGUAAAUAUACAAAAAGGCACAAAAGGUCAUUGUUCGACGGAAGAUUCGCAAGCUUCUAUGAAAUUAGUGCAAUUAAAAUUAGCUAAUAGUAUAGAUUUCGGGGAUGCCGUAAUACAAGCAGAUUUGCAAGUCUGCGAGACCAUAAAAAUCGGUAAUAAUAAUAUAUAUGAACGACAAAUGAAGAAAACUGAUAUAAAUAAAUAUGCAAUGUCUAUCUUUAACUACGUAGCUAAAGAGCAGAGGACUGCAACUAUUGUUGGCACUGAAGAUAUCAUAAACGAAUAUUCUAAAUAUUUAAGUACUUCAUCCUUGAAUGUUAGAACUGAUGAAAAUUAUAACGAGGGUGACCAGAUACGCUUGGUGACAACCGAUAAUAACAAAAAUGCGGUUAAGCGAACCACCGAAAUAGCAAUGCAACAUCAAUUUAUUUUGUGUCAUAUUAAAAUAAGUGAAGAAAAAUUACAAAAUGAACGUGUUGAACAAACCUUUUCUACUGUGAACAAAUGGAUAAAUAAAAUUUGGAAUCAUACAGCUAUAAAUGGUCUAGCAUGUGUUGUAUUUAGUGGUCAAGAAAAUGCUGCAAACGGGGCUUGUUUUUUAAAUGUGAAAAAACAAAUGUUGUAGAAAGUAAUCGUCUACUUGUAAAAAAAAAAAAGAGAGAAAGAAAGAAAGAAGCAAGAAAAAAAAUAAUUCAAACUA